GUCAUCCAGCGAUGCCUGUCAUUGGAGUCUCUCUCUCUCUCUCUCUCUGCUGCCAGCUUCCUGCAUGGAAAUACUGAGCCGUCAGACCUUACAUGGACAAAUCACCCGGCUUGCAAACUUGCCAGAGUUUCCCUACAAGAUCCUGCUCCUCCCCUCCUGCUUCCCAGUCCUCCGCUAAACUUUCCAGGGAGAUGCCUUCAGUCGUAAGUGAACCUCUGCAGCUUGUGCACAUGUAUCAAGAUUCGUUGCUUCUCAAUGAAGAUGCUUUUCGAAGGUGUUUCUUCCGAGAGGAUGUGAAGGAUCGUCUGGUCUCUGUGAUUUCCAUCAUCGGUGCAGAGAGGAAAGGAAAAUCCUUUCUACUCAACUACCUCCUUCGUCGACUCAGUAAUCCGAAAUGCGAGGACCAGUCAUGGAUGGGAAAACAAAAUGAAGAUCUGAAAGGAUUCGAGUACAGGCGUGGAACGAAGAGUACGACAAAAGGUGUUUUCAUCUGGAGCGAGCCGUUCCUGAUGGACACAGAGGAUGGGAAGAUGGCAGUAUAUUUGGUGGACACAGAAGGAUGUGAUAGUCAUCAACGACAGAAAAGCCGAAGUGUUCAACUGUCAGCGCUCAGUAUGUUGCUGAGUUCACACAUGAUUUUUAACGUUGCUUCGAAGAUCAGUAAGAUGGAUCUGGAAUAUUUAGAGAUGUUUUUGGACAUGGCCCAACGGGUCGGAGAAGUUCUUGAACUGGAUCCUACUCAGCAUCUGGAUAUCCUGGUACGUGACUGGGAUCAGUGUGAGGACUAUGGCAAGUGUCCUGGGAAGGAAUAUCUGGAGGAGGUGCAAACGGAAAUUCAGAAUUCUGAAUGCCAAUACACUGAACUGCUGUUGAAACAGUUAUCGAAGUGUGAAUGCUUCCUGAUGCCUAAUCCUGGAAAGAAGAUCAGAACAAGUUCCACUGGACACUGGCAAGAGAUGGAUGAGGAUUUCCGGAAUUCCCUUGAUGGUUAUUUCUCCUCUGUCCUACGAUCUCUAUCGACCAGUGCACGAAAAGAUAAGGAGGGUUCAUUCGUGUCUGGCUCCCAGUUCUUUGAACGAAUUAAGCUGUUCACAAAAACUAUUGAGAGACACUCAAAGCACAUCACAUCACCGCUCCAGAUGAUGAAUGCUGUUUUGGGAAUGAAGCUUCGAGAGAAGAUGCGGGAGGAUUUCCAGGAUUUCUUUUCCUCAGUAGAGGAAGAUGACGACGAUAUCUCUGUGAUCCUGAAAACCUCCCCGAUCUCAAUGAGGAACCGUCUGGAGGUGAAGGCCGAUGAGCUGAGGGAGGAAUUUAAGCAAAAACUGGAAGUGAGUGAGGAGCAGAGAGAGAGUGAGGUCAUGGAGUUGGAUAGUCUCCUGAAGAAAGAGACAGAGAACUUCUGCAAGGCCUACACCAAACAGUUUAACUCAGCGAUUGUCAAACUGAGCGAGAAGAUGCUGAAGGAGUUUGAAUGUUUCAUCAAACAGCAAGAGGAAGAUGACGACGAUAUCUCUGUGAUCCUGAAAACCUCCCCGAUCCAAAUGAGGAACCGUCUGGAGGUAAAGGCCGAUGAGCUGAGGGAGGAAUUUAAGCAAAAACUGGAAGUGAGUGAGGAGCAGAGAGAGAGUGAGGUCAUGGAGUUGGAUAGUCUUCUGAAGAAAGAGACAGAGAACUUCUGCAAGGCCUACACCAAACAGUUUAACUCAGCGAUUGUCAAACUGAGCGAGAAGAUGCUGAAGGAGUUUGAAUGUUUCAUCAAACAGCAGCAGCAAGAUAACACGGCUAUCUUGGAGACAGUGAAGACCACCCCAGAGUCGAUGAGGAAGUGUCUGGAUGAAAAGGCCCAAGAGCUGGUCAAGGAGUUUCGGUCACAACUGUUGAUGAGUGAGGGUGUGGACGACGGGGAGAGUGAGAAGGGGGUCACUGAAUUGGAGGAAUGUCUGAAUAAGACGAUUGAGGAAUUCUGCAGCACAUAUGGGAAUACAUUCGCCUCUGCAUGUGACAAACUGAGGCGGCAGAAGCUGAAAGAGUUCAAAAGUUUCAUUGAUCAACAGAAGCCAACUGUCAACAUUAAGGCCAAGAUUUUGAAGGACAAUCCAGAUUCCAGGAAGAACGUACUGCUACAAAAAUCCAAGUUGCUGGUGGAGGAAUUUCGAUGUUCCCUGGGAGAAAGUGAGGCUGAAGUAGAAGAGGCAGUUACUGAGCUGGAGGAAGAGAUGCAAGAACAACUCGAGAAUCAUCUGACCAUGUAUACGACAAGCUUUCUUAAGGUGGUAGAACUGCGAAAGGAUGAGAGGCUGAACGAAUUUCAAAUCCUCUUGACGGAACAAGACUUUACAAGCGAUGCUGUGAUACUGAGGAACAGUCCGAGUUCUGUCAGGAACCACCUGGACAGGAAGAGGCGUGAGCUUUCUGAGGACUUUCACAAGUUUCUGAGCGGCUACACAGGGGAUGAUAUACCUGACCCAGAACAGCAACUGCAGGAAAUGUGCCGAAGCUUCUUGAGAGGCUACGAAGUAAAGUUUAAUGAGGCUGUUUCUCGAAAAACUAAGGAGAAGGUUAAAGAACUUACAAGAUAUUAUAAACAUCAGACUGAUAGCCGCUGGAAGAUCAUGAGAAAAACAUCGAAGGCGAUGAGAGAAAUCCUGGGGCGUAAGGCUUCAGCUCUGACGGAAGAGGCUACGAACUGCGUGACGGGAAAUGAGGAAGAGAAGAGGAUGGCGUCAGAAGAGAUCCAAAGAGAAAUGAGGGAGGAAAUGGACACGCUGUGUGAAGAUUAUGAUGAUAAACGCAAUCAGAUGUGGCUAGAUGUGGUGGAAACUGCCGUAGGAGUUGCUACAACAGUGUCAGUGCCAGUUAUUGUAAAGUCAGGCAAACCCAUUUCUGGCUGUGUGAUGCUCAUUGCUCCGGCAGGUACUGUGAUAACCAAACUUGCCACCCAGAGAGCUGGUGGAACUAGGAAAAAACGCAAAGCUAAUUGAACUUAAACCCAGAGCAGCACGCACUGUGUCAUCAGCAAAACCAGGCACACUGCGGUAAAGUAACUUGCUGGCAAUGUGAAUGAGACAUGUACUCCGCAAAAGCCAUUCUCAAUAAGUGCUCAUUAACGCUGAAGUCUUUGCCAGGCGCUGAUCUCUCCUUGCUGACAGUUUUAGAAGCUGACAGUGUUAAGAAACAGACUGCGUCCCACACAUUACACUGAAUAAAACAUUUAAAAUCA